AUGUUAGUGACUAACCUCGAUAGCUCGAAAGUUAUUCAUAUCUCUUCAACAAAUAUUAGUUAUCGAAAAAACGUUGUUAAAAUGACACGUGGACGUGACUCAAAAAGUGUGAUCAGUUAUGAAAUAAUCAAUCAUGAAGAUAUUGGUAAUGCAGCUAACGACCAUGUGAACUAUAUUACAUCUAAUCAAAAGCGUCGAAAAUCACCAUCAAACGAUGGAACAUUUGAAGUCGUUGAUCAACAUAAAAACGACAGACGUAUUGGUGUCUCGUUGACUUCGUCGGAUGUUCAAAAUUUACAAUAUUAUUUAAAAAAGCAUAGUUAUUUAACGAAAUCGAAUUCAACAAGUAAAAAUAAUAAUAAUAAUAAUUACGAUAAAUAUUCAUUUUUAAAUAACAUCUUAUCAGAUAAUCAUUACACUUCACCUAAAUCUACACCAAAAAAUUCCUUUUAUGAUAUAACAAAUGAUUUUUAUUCUGGUAAAAUUUAUGCAGAUCUAGAUGAUGUUCGAUAUAAAUCACUACCAUCAGUAGAUGCAUACCGUCAUCAUCAUCAUCAUCAUCGCAGACACUACUACCAUCAACACGACCAUGUACCUCAUACACCUGAUGAUGAUAAGCAAGCUGCCACAGAACGUGACGAUAUUAAUUAUAAUAAGUAUUUAUUAAAUGGAGGACUAAGUGUACAAAAAAUUGAGGACAAAGCGAGUAUGCCAUCGUUUAUCUUAGAUGUCGUGACAUGUGGAAUGCAAAAAGAUAUGCGUUUGCCUAUACCAAAAGAAAAUUAUUCGUUAAAUUCAGGAAAAUUUGGCGAUGAUGCAGGAUUUACGGCACAACGAUUAAUGGAACAUUACUUAGGUGUAGCUGAUGGUGCAGGUGGUAGUUCAACAGCAUGUUUAGUGGGAGUUGAUUGUUCAACUGCUCGUUUGUAUUCUGUGAACAUUGGUGACAGUGGCUAUGUUAUUUUACGUGAUGGAACGGUUCUCUAUCGUUCGCGUUCACAAAAAAUGAAUGGUGAUUGUCCCCGACAACUGGAUGUUUAUCCGUGGACAGCAGCUCUAAAACAAAAAGGAUUAAAUUAUACACAAAUAUCAAGUCUCGAUGCUAUAUGUCAAAGUUUUCAACUGAUCCAAGAUGAUAUUAUUAUUUUAUCAACAGAUGGACUCUUUGAUAAUGUACAUGAUCAUAUGAUUGAAAUGAUCGUCGCUAAUUGUCGUUCAUUAUCACAUGCAGCAGAACAAUUAGUCAAUCGAGCUGUUCGAUUUUACUCAAAGCCAGAUGAUAUCUUAGUUAUUAUAGCACGUUUAAAAAAUGCACCAGUUUAA